CGUUUACGACGUCGUAUAACGCAACGUACGUACGUACACACACGUACUCGCGGACUCGUACACACGCACGCACACGAUCUUUUUCACACACACGUACGUCGAGCAAUUCGUGUGCGCGUUGCUGGUGGAACCGAAUCUCACCAGCUCUACACGACGAUAAUACAAUACACACACACACGAUACAUGUAACAAUAUAUUCGCGUUGCAUAUAUUUUUUUUUUUUAAUAAAUCGCGACAAUACGCGUUUUGAUAGCGCUCAUACCGUUCCGGGCGAUCCGUUUUUUUUUUUGUUGCGCACGAGACCCAUAACCAACACAACCAAUAUAACCAAAUCGUCGUAAAAUGGCGUUGAAAAGAAUCAAUAAGGAACUUCAAGACUUAGGAAGAGAUCCACCAGCACAAUGCUCUGCAGGUCCUGUAGGAGAUGAUUUAUUUCAUUGGCAAGCAACAAUUAUGGGACCACCGGAUAGCCCAUAUCAAGGUGGUGUGUUUUUUUUAACCAUCCAUUUUCCUACGGAUUACCCAUUUAAACCUCCAAAGGUUGCAUUCACGACUAGAAUUUAUCAUCCGAACAUUAACAGUAAUGGUAGCAUUUGUCUUGAUAUUCUACGGUCUCAAUGGUCACCGGCCUUGACUAUAUCAAAAGUUUUGUUGUCUAUUUGCUCUUUGCUAUGUGAUCCAAAUCCAGAUGACCCGCUUGUUCCCGAGAUAGCUAGGAUAUAUAAAACAGACAGAGAAAAGUACAAUGAACUAGCCAGAGAAUGGACCCGCAAAUAUGCGAUGUGAUGGUUGUUUCAAAAUAUGUUGCCUGUCCACACGUCAUCAGUUAAAUCAGACAAACAUUCUUUUUUUUCACCCUGUACAACUUCAAAAAGAUCAAUAAUACACUUUCAAUAUCCAACUCAUCUGGUAAAAAUAAAAAAUGAUGAAUCACACUAUUGGAAAGUACUUUUUAGUAUGAUUUUGAAAAUAUUUUAUUCAUAAUGCCUACAUAUAUUAUUUUUUUUUUACUUAUCACUUUGUCAAAAAGUUCAAUAUUGAAUGUGUAAGUGUCUCAUAAUAUAGAGAACAAAUUAAAAAUAACAUGGUGUUUAUUUAGUAGUUAACUUUAAUAAUAAUAAUGCAUAUUUUUUCGGGAAAAAGUGUAAUAUAUACAUGUGCUGGUGGCGAUUUAUAACUGCCUUUACCUACCCAACAAUAAUUAUAUAAUAUAUAUAGUUUUUCAUUAUUUAUUUUAUUA